AUGAAUAUUGCAGAGCGAAUGAAACGAUGGGAAGGUAAGGUUGCAGUAGUAACCGGAGCGAGUGGCGCCAUCGGUGGAGCAAUCGCUAAGGAACUAGUCAGAGCGGGAAUGAUCGUGUGUGCACUAGCCCGACGGCGGGAUAAGGUGGAAAAACUGCGUGCCAGCCUGUUUGACGUGGCUGGAAACCUUAACUGUGUUGAAUGUGAUAUCACCGAAGAGUCCGACGUGAAGCAUGCUUUCGGAUGGAUUGAAGGCACUUACGGGGGUGUCGACUUGCUGGUUAAUAAUGCAGGAAUAAUCACAAAGUGUCUUCUAACGGAGAAAAAUAACACCAAAGAUCUGUACACGACGAUGGAAACAAACAUUAUUGGUUUGUGUCUGUGUACUAGAGAGGCGGUUAAAUCGAUGAAAGAGCGCGAUGUUAACGGCCAAAUAAUAAACGUCAACAGUAUAUUCGGACAUAAAGUCCAUCAAGCAGUACCUGGGACUAGGCCUUUGAAUGGAAUGUACCCAGCUUCCAAAUAUGCAGUCACAGCAAUCACCGAAUGUAUUCGUCAAGAACUGGUAUACUUAGAUACUCAAGUAAAAGUGUCUAGUAUUAGUCCUGGGCUAGUGGAAGGCGACAUCGUAGCAAAUCACACAUCAAAUGAUAAUGACAUUGUGAAAUACAUGCCGAAGCUGAAGCCGGAAGACGUUGCGGAGGCGGUCUUGUAUGCCAUCACGACGCCAGAUAAUGUUCAAAUACACGAACUGGUCAUCAAACCGAUGGGAGAAUUUCUCUAA